AUUCCUACAUUUUAACCCACUCAAUUUUUUACAAGCCAAUUCUAUUAUGCACAGUGAAGUGUUAACAGAUUAUAAUAGAACAUACAAAUGAAUGAAAUACUGUGAUAAUUUUUAUGGAGAAUUGUACAAGUUUAAUGGGAGAUAACAUAAUUUUUUCAAGUUAAUAGCCUACCAUGAUCUUAGCCCAGUAUUAUUGAUUCGGUGUCAUUCGGUCCAGCAUUACCUGAAAAAAAAUAAUUGAUAUUAUGGUCAAAUUGUUUGUUGUUGUAACUGCAUUACAUAUAGCUAGUGUCAGUACAUGUCCUUUAUCUGCCCUCAUACCGUCGAUAGACAACACGGGACACGGCGGCGUCAUCAUAAGAUGGUACGGUUUCUUCGGGAUGGCCAGCCUGGGCAAGUUCAUCACGAGAGAUCCGACAGAUGGCGUUAUAAUCGUCAAAAUCAGGAUCCCGACCGGCGGACGGGCGUUGGUGGUGUUCGACGCUGACGUCACCCUCAGGGGGAUCUACGGCCAUCUGCUGAUUGGCGCGGAGAGUUCGCUGGGCGCCGGCAUGUCCAUGGGGAUAGGCUCGAGCGUCAGACUGACCAAGUGGAAAUGGGGCAUGUUCGCCGUGUCCAGCACGGGGAUGACCAAGGUCAGGGAUUACCACUUUGGAAAUUACGCGGGCAACCUGAUGCAGCUCUACGACGGAUUCUUGAAGAUGAUGGACACUGAUAACAUGGUCGAGACGACCAGAACGGAAACGGAAACGUUUUCCGUUCAGUCUGGCGUCAGGGGGAGGUUCUGAGUUCGCUAACGAAAAUCGGCCUAUUUAAAUAUGAGGGUACUUCGUUCUUAUGAUUGGAAUUCAGGUUAUUUAGUUGUAUUUCAAUAAACCAACCUUCUGAAAGAUAAA